CAUGCAUGCAUGGAAGACGGAAGCACCUUAAUCGCUGAGAAUAAAACGGAAAAAUAAGCAUUUUUUUUCCUUCCAAAACUAAGACGAGGAAGAACAUGGAUGCAACACAAGUGGCGGAAAGGCCCUCUCUCGGAACAACUCAAAGGAAGAGUCUGCAGAAAAGGAAAAAAAGUGAGAAACAAAUAAGUAGAAGCAUCAAAAAGAUAAGGGCUGACAUGGUUGAGAUUAGCGAGGGGCAAAAGCGCAUAAGGGAGGGGCAAAAGGAAGUGAGGGAAAAAUUUCAGGAGAUAAAUAAAGAGGCCGCCAAACUAAAAGAGGAAACUAAUCUAAUCACUAAGCAGAGUGCUGCAAAUCAACUCAGGAUUGAUCUUAUGUUUCAAAUCCUCAGAGCAAGAGCAGAGAAUGAUUCUGCCAAGGAUGCCUUUCUCACUCAAGCCUUGCGGGAGCUAAUGACAAAGCAGGACAUGGGCAAAACCAGGGUUUGUGAACAGAAGCAAAGCCAAGAUUAAUGACUAACCGUGUUUCUCAUUACUUGUACUUUUCCUUUCUCUUGUCGAGAAGCGAGAACGAUCUAAUUUACGUCGUUUCUUCCU